GUCCCACAAUCCCUCAGUUCGCAAAAAGACAAGAGCUGCGAAAAAAAGGCAGCGGUUUCCAUUCAUUAGGGCAUCAAGAGAGCGUGGGAAAAAAACACUACAGCGUUAUGCCAUUAUAAAUGGAUGUGCGACCUUAAGGAACAAGAUUUUAAACAUGGCGAAAGAUCAAGAAGUCGAGCGCAUCGCUAAAAAGCUGGACAAAAUGGUGCACAAAAACAACACGGAUGGCGCUAUGGACCUUUUAAGGGAACUGAAGAACAUGAAGAUGUCACUAGAGACCCUGCAGUCCACCCGGAUUGGGAUGUCUGUGAAUGCUGUGAGGAAGCAGAGUUCAGAUGAGGAGGUACAGACUCUGGCCAAGUCUCUCAUCAAGACCUGGAAGAAACUACUUGAUGGUUCUGAGGGUAAGUCAGAGGAGAAGAAAAAGGGAAUACCACCCCUCCAGUCAUCUUCAUCGAAAGACAGUCCUGGAUCCAGUGACUUCAGUAAGAAACCAGAGAUGCCAAAGACUCCCACCACCCCUACAACUCCCACAACCCCUAAGAUGACCUCGUUUCCCCCUCCUCCAGUAACCACUGACAGUGUACGCAAUAAAUGCAGAGAGCUGCUUGUCUCAGCCUUGCAGGUGGAUGAUGACUUCAAAACAAUUGGAGCAGAUUGUGAAGCUUUGGCAGCAGAGAUUGAAGAUUGCAUCUACAAAGAAUUUAAAUCCACUGACAUAAAGUAUAAGACUCGGUUGAGGAGCCGCAUCUCCAACCUGAAAGACCAGAAGAAUCCUGACCUGCGCCGCAAUGUGCUUUGUGGCACCAUAAGCCCUGAACGCAUUGCCACCAUGACUGCAGAGGAGAUGGCAAGUGCCGAGCUGAAAGAGAUAAGGAAGGCGCUAACUAAAGAGUCCAUCCGGGAGCACCAGCUCUCUAAAGUAGGCGGCACUGAGACUGAUAUGUUUGUUUGUGGAAAGUGCAAGGGCAAGAGUUGCACCUACACGCAGGUUCAGACUCGCAGUGCUGAUGAACCCAUGACCACAUUUGUGAUGUGCAACCAAUGUGGCAACCGGUGGAAGUUUUGUUAAGAAGCAACAGGAUUCUUCAUGUAAUCAAGUGACAGAUUAACAUUGUGAGAAGUCUGGUACCAUUGUGAUGGAUGGACCCAUCCAGGGUGUAUUCCCAGUGUUCCCGGGAUAAGCUCUGGAUCUGCAGCGACCCCAAAUAGGAGAAGUGCUUACUGAAAGUGAGUGAGUGAAUCUUGUAGCAGUUUUACAUUGACUAUAACUAUUUUUGCCAUAUUGGAUAAUUCCUGGGAAUUUUAAAGUAGAAUAAAAAGUCGCUGAACAAUAACUAAAAAUCAACAUAAUAUACAGUGAUUACUUUUUCUACACUUUUACAGUAGUAUAAUGAAGUUAAUUCUGUAUUGGAUUUAUGUCUAUGAAGGUUUUCAGUCACUAAGUUUUUUUAGCAAUGGCAUGUCAAAGAUACUGGAAGUGUUUUACAGACUUUAAGCCAUUUUCUAAUGAGGUUUUUGAUGAUAAACUGAAAUUGAAGCUCCUUGAGAAAGUAGGAAAAUGUGAACACUUUACUAGGUAUACAUAGUGCUACAUGGCACCUGCAUAAGCCUUUCAUCACAACUUAUUUAACCCUACAUUAAUUUAAUUGAUUUUUCCAACAGGCAUCAACUGCCGUAAAGACAGCUUUUUCUAUUUAUUUGAAGUCAAGCUGUUAUAACACCUGAAUCAAGUAACAGUUUUGGUAACAUAAGGCUGUGUUGUGACACUUUCCAGACUUACUUACAAUAGAAUAUCACACUAAAUGAUGUAGCUCAGUGUAUAUCUGGUGUAUCAGUCACAUUAUGUAAUUGUGUUAUGUAAACCUGCAAGUGCCUUUAUGUCAGCUGAUGACUGCUGGAAUAAUGCUAUAUAAAGGGUUGUCAGCUGUCAUGAAGGGCUCAUGUAGUUCUAUGAGCAAGUAAGGUGUUUACAAAAGUCUUCACAACUCCAGUAGUCUUGACGUACUACUAAUAGACCAACUGCUCUAUGGAUUAAGUGAGUUAUUGGGGGAGAAGUUGUAAUAUGCAUCCGCUCAGCUCAACCCAUCCACUCAGCAUUACAAUAAUAGGCUGCAGCUUGUAAUUCCCAGAAGAAAUAUGAUUUUCAUCGAAAUAUACAGUACCAUCACUAUCAGCACAAUAAACAAUAAUGGUUAAAGCUGUUUGUCUCUAUAAGGCCCCAUCCACAAAUUUACAGAUAUUUUAGAAAACGUGGUUUUUACCCCUUUCAAAAGACACAAACAAAACACAAAAUCGCAUCGACACAAACAGCAUUUCUGAAAAUACAUAUACGGCCAAAAGUAUGUGGACACCUGAUUAUUGAUCAUUCCAAAACCAUGGGCAUUAUUAUGGAAGGCCCACAUAUGGAUGUUAUGGUCAGGUGUCCACACACUUUUGGGCAUAUAGUAUAUCACUGUCCAUAUGAAAAUGCAAAAAUGAUUUGAAAACAUUGAGAGGCCAUGAGAAGGCAGCGAUAGUAUUUCGUACUUUCAUUGCAAGCAUGUGGAAUGAGUGGUAGAGAAAGUGAAAUGUGGAGAAUCACCAAAGGUUAAUUCAGUCAUUCAUUCAUCUUCAUGAACUUUUUUAUGCUGGUCAGGGUUGUGGUUUCCCAAAAGUUCUAAAAUGAAAAAUGUCAAAUUCAUAUGUGUAGCCGGACAUUGAUGUAGAACUACUACUUAAGGUUACACUUGAGUCCUAUUAAUGGAUUCAGGCACCUCUGUAUGCGGAUGUAAGAUUAAUAGAAAGAGAAAUUAAAUUAGAAACACAAUAACAAAUAUCACAUAAGCAGGCAUGAUAAACAAAGUACUAGCAUCCAUUACACAUGCAAACUACAAUGGGCAAGCUCAGAUUCAUACUGUGACAUCAGUGUUUUUCAAAAACAAAGUUUUUCAUGUCUACACUAAAACAGUAAAAACUAAGUUCUAAAAUUUCUCCACCUUGGAGUAUGGUUUCAAAACCUCCUUUUUCAAUGACCCAAAAUACAGUUUUUAUGUGAAUUGUUUUCAGAAAUAUCCAUAUACAUGUGGACAGGGCCCAAGUGUGUGUUUGCUUGCAGAUCUCUGUGACCAUCCAAUAUUAGGAUGUCCUAUCCCAAGCCUCUGUGCGCUGAAGCCCAGAUCAGACUUUUGGCAGUGAAAUAGUCCUAAAAUCAGAUGAAUUCAAUAAAUCUAUUUGUGUGGCACAAUGAAUGUAAGUCCCGCACAGUACACAAGCCAAGGCCAAGAUGCUCAGGUAGAGUUCCAUUCAUCAUGCUAAGUGACUGUUCACAAACUGUAGAAAUGUCAACAAGGACACACAAUGUCAUAGAUGUGAAGCACCACUUUUCUAUAAACUGCUUGGUGUUUUACCAGAGUUCAUCUCUAUAGCCUGAUUUGGGUCCAAUAAUUGAAGGGAGCUGGGGUUGUUCUGGUUUUAUUCUAAUGGAAGUGUUUGUUAGGUAAAGCCUUAUAGGUUGCCUCUUAUGAUUAAUAAAUGACAACAUGAAUAGGAAGACACACAAGUGAGGUAAAUCACAGUGCAACUGUUCAACCAGACAAAUUUAAACUACUAAGAACAGUGUCCAGAUUAUAUUAUAAGGUAAUAGCAACACUAACACUGGUUUCGCUUGAUAUGUGAUUAAAAAACAUACACAUAUGAGGUUUUGAGGUGCUUUGCAUCUAUAAACAAUACUUAUAAAUUCAUCUGAAUUAAGGAGUUUAUUUGCCAAAAUAUUACAAUACUGAAAAAUUACUAAAGAAACACUGGAAUUUAUCCAGAAGAGAAACCCAGAAAGCAGCAUCUCUGAUUUUUCAUAAUUUUUGCCAAGGAAAGUGUCAUGUGACCCAUCAAGCUUUUCAUCCUGUAAAUAAGGAUGUGCCAGAGAGGCCGGGGUUUGCUUACACACACACACACACACACACACACACACGCACGCACACACGCACAGUGCAAUAUGAAGCACUCACUCGGUUUGCGUCAUCCGUACCGGAUUUAAAAUUGACUGUACAAGAACAAAAGUUGACAAAAUAGAAAAUAAAUAACAUUAACAAUACUAAAUUUAAAAUGCAUUUUGAGUGACCAGUCUAAUUAAGACUUAAGCAUUUUCUCACCACUCACUUUUUUCUAUUUUCCAUUUCCUGUUGUUUUCAAUAGUAUUUGUUAAAACUUGUUAACAUUCUAAAUAUUAUUUUCUUUUCUCUUUUCUUUUUUUUUGCAACUGGGAAACUUUCAACCCCUCCGGUACCAAACGUAACCAUCCACCACUACCCAACCCCAUGUCUCAAGAGCUGAUCUCUGAGAAGGGAGACAGUGGACAGGUCAAAGGUCAUAGAUAAUAGGCAAACCGGUCGUAUGCGGAAUGGAGAAAGUCGACUCCAGUGUGUCUUAUUGCAGAAGCUCUCUCGUCUUUUGUCAACUCAUGACAUCAGGUAAAAAGAUAAAACAAGUUUUAAACUGUGUUUGUACACAUACCUAUGGAAAAAAUGAGCAAAGGACAAAGAGACUCGCGUGGAUCAGUAGUUGUUUCCGUCAUCACAAGCAGUGGAAUGACUAUGACUACUUCUUCAACCCUGUGUCUUCCAGUUUCAGUCUGUGCAGAAUAUUCUUGAGGGAUGGCCUGUCCUCCAAGACAAGACAACAGACGAGAGG